AUGGAGCAUCAUGUCGGGACCAUCUUGUACUUCUAUGGGCCAGUCGCCUUUCUCCUGCUCGUUAAUGUUGGCUUCUUUGCCCUCACCAGCCAUCAGUUGAUUCGAAAUGCCAAAAAAACCGCUCAACUUACGAGCAGCCAAAAACCGAGCCAGAACUUUUGGCUCUAUCUCAAGUUGUUCGUGGUGAUGGGAUUGAGCUGGAUCACCGAAGUCAUCAGCUUCCUCGUGAAAGGACCGGAGGAGUAUUGGAUCUUCACCGAUGCCAUCAACUGCUUUCAAGGACUUUUCAUCUUCGUCAUCGUCAUAUGCAAGAAAGACACCCUCGAGAUCCUUCGAAGAAGAGUCGCUCGAUUUGGCCGAGCGAAUCGAGGCGAAUCCGCCUUGGGGAAUGGAGGAUCCCGACCCUUUGGGGGCGAACACCCCGGAGCGACGAGACUCGGCGCCUUUGGGAGGAGCAGGGAGAGCGAUAGCUCGGGGACCAGAGUGUCCGAGGUGUCCGCUCCUGACAAUGUCGCGACCUCUCGGUUUUGAACUAUACAUAUGUAUUUCUUUGCACUUCCUGAAUGUAUUUUGCCCCAGAACCAGUCGGACCAACUUUCUUGCAUCAUGUGCACUGGAGCUUUUGAAUGGACUCGUGGAUGGAUUGAAUCGAUUGUCGUCAU